GCUAAUUUAGAGUCCGAUUUAUUUCUUGGCGGAGAGAUGAUUUAGUAUUUUAAUGGCUCUCAGGACCCAAUUGCCAGAAGCAAAAAGCCUUGUACGCAUCAUUUUUUCAAAUUAAAAAAAAAAUGCGAUUCUCAAAUAUUCUUCAUCUUGUUUUCUUGGCGAGUUUGGCGCAAUUUAGAACACUCCUCGCAGCACCUUCAAAUCGUGACGUUCAAGCUGCUAUCGGGUUACGUACUCCGGAUUGUAUGAAAACAUUUAGGCCAUGGGACAGGAUAAUAGAUUGCCUCAUUCCUCCGCGAUACCCACCACUGGUAAAAAUACCAUUAUUUGUCAAAGUGUCCUUUGUUGAAGCUUCUGGAGGCGGGGAGAUUAAUGUAUACCUGCCGAUGAAUUCGCGCAUUUAUUCUGGUGAGGCUCUUGGAGUAGUGCGCUAUAGAGGUGCAUAGGUGUGCGUUAUACUGACUGACUCGCUCAUGCAGGCAUUGGUGGCUUACCUGCACAUCCAACUCGGGCCAAGAUUCAUGGCGUCUACCAAGUUGGAUCCGAGGAACCACUUCCAAUGGGCACCGAUUGGCGCUAUUUUAGACAGAUCCUCUGCCUUGCCUAUCCCAAGGCAUCAAAACAGACGCGUGAGC